AUGGACCGCCGCUUCCUGCUCCGUUCGCACGCCGCCGAGGUGCUGCCUUUCGCCUCGUCUGACGACGAGCCCACCAGCUCCUCAGACUGGGACCCCGAGUUCGACACCAGCCCCUCAACCCCUGCCAGCAGCCUGUCCGGCCCCGCGGCGCCGCCCAGCAGCACGCUCUCGUCCUCAUCCCUCGGUAGCGCGCCGUGGGACGAGCCGGCGGGCGGCAGGGCGGCGGUCUGCCAGUCCCGGGACGUAAGCUCGAGGCUCAAGGGCAGUGCCACGGCCCAGGUCGACGUGGAGGCCACCUACCGCAUCAGCCCGCGCGUGCUGUUUGACCUCCUGUCAAACCCCCAGCAGCACGACAAGAUCUUCGAUGCCAUAGAGCGUGCGGACUCUGAGCUGCUGUCCGAGGUCGGUCCAGUCCGCACCUACCGCCUGGACUACCUGGCGCGCUGGAAGUUUUGGAAGGUGUCCGGCACCUGCACCAACAAGUUGAUCAUGACGACCGACUCUCAGCGCGGCACUGUUGAGUUCAAGCUCAGGGAGCCGGGGUUCCUGCGCAACUACGAGGGCUGCUGGACCAUCACAGAUGCAGCCACUGGCGCGCUCAACCCUCUCUCCGCCCCUGCUCCAGCCAGCCCCCAGCCGGCCAUCGCUUCCCUGAGCCUGGGCGGCCGUGGCGGCGCCGCCGGUGCUGCACCUUCUCACCUGGCCAAGCCCAAGCAGGGCGUGGUGUCCGCCAUUGCGCACAUGCUGGAUCAGCAGGAGCUCGCGCGGCUGGCGGCGCAGCGCGCAGAAUACUCCCAGCACGGCGAGCCGCGCCAGCGGCAGCACCAGCUGGCCAUGAUCCGGGCGCAGUGCUUCACUACGCCGUCGCGCACGCCGCCGCCGCCCAUCAACCAGGCGCUCAAAAGCCAGGCGCGUGCCCAGAUUGAGGACCAGCUGGAUGGGCUCGUCAGGGCGGCUGAGAAGCUGCAGGGUUAG